CAAAUGGCGGGUUGUCGACCUUGACAGUGGCUCAGGUGCUUCGCUAUGCUACGGAGAUAGAGUUGAGAGACCCGCUAGUAUCGGCAUCCCCUGUCGCUACUCUAUUUCGUUCGGCAUAUCAUGGGAUGUAAAUGGACAUGGGUGAUACCACAUCAUCUAUAUAUAUGCGCGAUGGCACUCUGCCAGGCUGAAGGUGAACCUCGCUCCUCUAAGGCAUAGUCAAUUCACGGAUCCCAUCCUAUACAGCCAGACAAAAUGAAGUUCUCUCUGCUCGCCGCUGCGGCGUUCGCCUUGUCCGCUGAGGCUCACUGCAUCUUCCAAGAAGUCUCAGUCAACGGCCAGAAGCAGGGUUCGCUAGUCGGUCUCCGUGCCCCGAGCGACAACAACCCCGUCUACGACGUAACCUCUCAGGACAUCAUCUGCCAAAAGCAGGGCACCACCUCCGACAAGGUCAUCAGCGUCGCUCCCGGUGACAAGAUUGGCGCAUACUGGGGUCACGUCAUCGGUGGCAAGCAAUUCGCCAACGACCCCGACGACCCAAUCGCCAAGUCGCACAAGGGCCCCGUCACGGCAUGGCUAGCCAAGGUCGACAACGCCGCGACAGCGAGCAAGACAGGACUCAAGUGGUUCAAGAUCUGGGAGGACACCUUCGACACGUCGAGCAAGCAAUGGGGUGUUGACCACAUGGUCUCCAACCAGGGAUGGGUCAACUUCAACCUUCCCCAGUGCAUCGCCCCCGGCGACUACCUCAUGCGUGUUGAGAUUCUCGCUCUGCACUCGGCCCGCAUGGCCAACGGUGCCCAGUUCUACAUGUCGUGCGCCCAGAUCAAGGUCAGCGGCAGCGGCACGUUCACGCCCAGCCAAACCGUUAGCUUCCCCGGUGCUUACCAGAAGAACGACCCCAGCAUCGUCGUCAACAUCUACGGCGCUGCCGGCCAGCCCGACAACGGUGGAAAGGCUUACAGCGCCCCGGGUAACAUUCCCGUCAUCCAGUGCUAGAUCAAGUAAACCGGGAGGGACCAGUUUCCUGUCUAAGAAGACGUCGGGGCUGCGUAUGAGGAGUAGAUAUGAGUUAACUAUCGGUGUAUCUCUUUCCACAUAAUCUACCUAGGUAGACUUCCGAGUCCAUAAUAAUUCAAUUGAGACUUAAAAGUCGUGCAGCUAGGAGCAUCGUUGAUGUUAAUAUGAUGUUUACGUUCUGUUGCUCAAGGAAUAAUGAGAGGUGGGGUAAGGAAG